AUGGAGGCCGCUCUGUUGGCGAAGAUUAACAGCAUCAAAGAGUCCACCGGGCUGUCAAUCAACACGAAGACCUCUCAGAUCCUCGAAUUGCUUCAGCAUAGUGGGCACCUCUAUACCCAAGUGAUCAAGGCACCCUUGAUGCUCGUCCACCCAGUGAACCGGCGCGGCAAGCUAAUCAACAGCUGUGAUUCGCACGAGAAGGGAUGGCGGGCCCUGUCGGUAGGUUUCGAUGUUGCCCAGCUCGAGGGCAACAGCAUCUGUACAGAGUUGUCUCACACCUUGAAAGCCGAGGCUUUCAAGGCAAACGAAGCCCUUGUGACCCAGGCAGAGGGGCGACUUGCCCCCUGCAGCGGGAAGGAGCGAUUCUGUAGCCUUGGGUCGUCUCACAUGAGCCAAUUUGUAAAGGCAUGCUUGGCAGGCGCCAAGACGGACCACGAGAACAUGGCUCAGUUGAACAGUGGCUACUUGAGUGUCGAUAUCCUGGGCACCAAGUUCAAGGAUCAUGCUUUCCAGAAGGUUUGCAAUGAUGGCUGGACUUGGAAAGUCAUCAGUGCAGCAGCAGCUGAUGAAAUUGGUGCUUGGUUCCCCACCAUGGUGCAGGCAGCUGCGAACAGCAGCAACUUUGUGGCAAAGGUCGCAAAUGAGAUCGAGGUCGCGAUGAGCUUGGCCUACCACUACGACCAGUGCAAGAGCAUGGAGGUGGCCAUUGAGACGACGAAGUGGUCAAUGCCACUGCCCUAUAUCAAGUCGGUGGGUCACUACACCGCGAAUUUUGCGGGGGGCGAAGGCUUCCCGCUUAUUCGCUAUAUGAGCGACGUGAGCAAAACCUUUAACUCCAGCUUGUUGAUGGGUGCUGAGUUUAUGGACUGUUUGGCCUUUACUCAGAUGAAAGACUCAACAUGCACCUACCCGCUCUUGCGAACUGCCUUCUGGAUUUCAAACAUGCUGUCGACAAAACAGCAGGAUGGAAUCGCAGAGCAAUUGGUCAAGAGCGAUUUCGAGAAAUUGAAGUCGCCGGCUAACAAGGACCUGGUGAAGUCCGCAGAGUCCCUCACGAAAAUGUGCCUCGAGCUCCUUCAGAACCUUGGGUGGAUGCACCAAAAGCGGGGGAUCUCCAUCUUUGCUCGGAUGCAGAUCAGGACGGCCCUGUUCCUGCGCAAAAAAUCCGGGAAAGGACGGGGGUUCCAUGUCUACAAAAGCCUCCAUGAAAUUCAAGAAGCCUUUACCAAGGAAAUCGACAAUGCAAAGACCCAUGGAGAGUCCUUCCAGGGCCAAGCCCAAGGAAGUGAGGCCAGCAGCUCAGGAGCUGCCGGCAGCACCGAUUUGAAGGAUACUUCGUCGCCCGCCAGCAUCGCUAUGCAGCUGUACCCGUGGUCGAAAGCGAAUGGAAAGCACUUGAAGAAGGAUUGCAGUGACAUCCACGUGUUCAUGCACAUGGACGACACGGACGGUGUGUUCACAGUGACAGAUGUUUGGGGCAAGGGGGAGACGGUGAGGGUGCCACACAAAGACCUCAAGUUCAUGAAAGCGACUAGCAAAGAGAUCCCAAUCAUGUUGGAUAGCAGCAUCAUCCACCGAAUGCAAAUCGCAGCGAACCUCACGGAUGAAAUUGAGAAAGCAAAUGCUUUCCUCAAGUUGCACACAUCCUUCCAGGAGCUCCUCGACAUGUGA